GCUGCUCUGCACCUGCUCCUCCCCUCCUGCCUUAUUAUCCUCACACUCAGAGCGCCACUCCGUUCUCGCCGAGUGAUGCUCUUCGGUAGCGCACGUCGGUGGGUUAUCACUGUCCGCUGGCUGCAGGGGAGCCGCGCCGGCUUGCUCUUUUUCCACUCGGUAAAGCGCUUUGAAGGACAACCGAACAUGGGGAUUUAACGUUGCUCGCGGGGCUGAGUGAGCUCGGAGGAGGGAAGGACUACAAAGAAGCAAUCAAGUCCAAUCCGAGGAGAGCGAGGCAGGAGGAGGACGAGAGGGACUCCGCGGAGACGGUCCCACCGGGACGGGGGGCGCAGCGAACGCUUUUCCUCUUCGCAUAGUUUGAAAUACACCGAAAUGCAGUUUUUCGUUGUCUGAGUGUGGAAAAACAGCAACACUGGUUUUAAAGAAGGCCAUUGUUCGAGUUGCUGUUUGUCGGCGCCUCUCCGUUGUGAUGGAGUGAGUGAAUGACAGGGCGCACGGUAACUUCAGCUUCGCCAUGAAAUCGGUGUUUUUCAGCCGCUUCUUCAUCUUGCUGCCCUGGGUCCUCAUUGUUAUCAUCAUGAUCGAUAUCGACACUAAGAGGACGAUCCGGGUUCCGGCGGCCGUCCGGACCACCAGGGCGCAGCGGGCGGCCCGGACCGGGGCGGGCGGAGGCGCGCAGAAUCAAUCCGCCCUGCCGUUUAUCUACGCCAUCACUCCGACUUACACCCGUCCGGUGCAGAAAGCGGAGCUCACGCGCCUGUCUCACGCCUUCCGUCAGGUGCCCCGCUUCCACUGGAUCAUAGUGGAGGACUCCACUGCGCGCACGGAGCUGGUGGCGCGCUUCCUGGCCAGGUGCGGCGUGCCGUACACGCACCUGCACGUGUUCACUCCCCGCAGGUUCAAGCGCGCCGGCAUGCCACGCGCCACGGAGCAGCGGAAUGUGGCCCUCGCGUGGCUCCGGCAGCACCGGAGCAAGCGGGACGCCGGGGUGAUUUUCUUCGCGGAUGACGACAACACGUACAGCCUGGAGCUGUUCGAAGAGAUGCGUAGCACUCGUGGUGUAUCUGUUUGGCCAGUGGGAUUUGUGGGUGGCAGGGCAUAUGAGCGCCCCCUGGUGUCUGGGGGUAAAGUUGUGGGCUGGUACACUGGUUGGAGACCAGACCGACCCUUUGCCACGGACAUGGCAGGUUUCGCAGUAAAUCUCCAGGUAAUCCUGGCAAACCCACGGGCACAGUUCAAGCGGCGCGGCUCCCAGCCAGGGAUGCAGGAGUCUGACUUCCUGAGGCAGAUCACCAAGGUGACGGAGCUGGAGCCCAAGGCCAACAACUGCACUCGGGUGCUGGUUUGGCACACUCGCACAGAGAAACCGCACCUCGCCAACGAGCCCAAGCAUCGAAAGGACACCGUGGUCAUUGAGGUGUGAGGGGACGAAUGAAGCGGAGCUGAUUGCGGCUGCCCAUCAUCACUUGGCUGGGACCGACAGCGGCAUCCUGCUUUCUCUGUCUAUUAGGUUAAUACAAUCUGUUCACACUGGAGACGGACUCUGUGGAGCUGCAUGAUUCAAGACUUUUGGCUGUCUGUCAAAUGUGCUUGAGAACUGGAAUGAAACUGAAUAUGUUCUACAAACUGAGAUGAUUUCAUCCAUAACACAAUGAUAUAAAACAGUGUAUGUAAAUGUAAAAACAAAAUCACGUUGAAUCAAAUCAAGUGCCAAGUGAGUUAUUAAUGUCAUUUUUUUUAAACCAUUAAUACAUCAUUGCCAAAUUCAAGUUGUCACUUUAGUAAUUACCAUGGUAGCAAAAGCUAGUUGUUUAGAACCAUGCACAUUUAAUUGGCAUCAUUUUAUAAAGGAAAAGGAUAGGAAAGAUAUUUAAGUAUUUAUUUGAAAUACACUUCUUCACUAAGUAUAGUGACGGCUGUGAACAUGUGACCUGUCUUUGCUGCUGUUCCCACUAAUACAGUACAGGCCUCCAAGAGCCCUAGUGUGUAACUGACGGAGGCCAAACCCACAUUUCUUCUAUGCUAAUAUUGUGUCUAAACCUCUGAGGAUGGUGUAGGAUUAUACUGACCUGCCACCACGGAGUCAGUCCGACAGGCAGCAGAUGAGUAGUAGUGUAGAGCAUCCCCGACCAUCAUGAAGCUGCUUGAACGCGAUUUAAUAAACGCUGACGGCAAAAGCCACAGAUUAGCUGCAGAUACACAUUUAAAUUCACUGUUGGACAGAACAAAGACUGUGGAUGUUAAUCCCUGUCACUUCCACUGCAGGAGUUUUUAGAAGUGAUCUCUUGGUAGCUCACUAGUAUUUAUUAUAUAAAGCCCUAUAUCAUUUGUUUCAAUAAACCUAUAACUUAAGUUAUUCCAGUGGUUCUCUGGACAAACACCAUCCUCUUCAUGCUACAGUGACUUAUACUGUACCUGUAAGAUGCCAGCUCAAUCAACCAUAUAGAUUUUGCAGCUACCGUACGAUUGUCUUUGUUAUAGCAUUAAUGUCUCAAGGUUAAUGGUAUAAUGAUUUAUUGAUGACUAAAUGCUGUGUAAUUCCCUUUAGGUUACCAGGAAUGGCCCAUGUGUAAUGAACUGCAGCAACCUUUGCUGUCCGCUCAGCUUGUAUGUAUGUCAGGUGUGUGAUCAGGUUUGCAAAUGAACGAGAUUAAAGUCGCUUCUGACAAACUGCCAUCAAUAAUAGAAAUCCUACAGGCCCACAGUAAAUGCAAGUGGUCUCAGAAGAAUGGAUUAAAAAGGGAUAGAGUGGACUGGGUUCGACAGCGUGCUGCUGAAACGUGUAAGGAUAGUUCACUUCUUUAAAGGUAGUAUUUGACUUGACACUGAAGUGAGAGAGGGAUGAACAUGUAUUAAUGUUUGAAGUACAAGGAAAAUAAAAACAAGACUGAAAUCCAG